CUCUCUAUACCCUAAACAAAAGAUAUGCCAAUUAUCCAUACUAUUUUUAAAAUUUUAUUUACAAAGUAAAUGAACACAAAUACACAGCAAAGUCAGCCCAACGCACAGGCACAAAUCCCCGACUACUACGACAUUUUGCGCUGCUUCCCACAGUCUACUCAAGAGCAAAUACACCAAGAGUACAAGCAGUUGGCACUACAGCAUCAUCCAGACAGGGUGACGGGUGACUCGCAGUGGUACGAUAUUCGCCGGGCAUAUGAUGUUAUUGGCGAUCCACAGAAAAGAGCGCAGUAUGAUCGCUGGAGAAUGUCUGAGCUGCUCGUGUCUUUCGACCAGUGGCUGGUGUCGCAGGUCCAGGUAACGCACUGGAAAUGCAGUAACCAGAGGUCCAUAGAAAGAAAGGAAAAAAGACAGGAUAGUAAUAAUGGGCGCGGGGAACCUGGAGAUUUGUAUGAAAAAUUUCGUAAUUACGAAAUAUGAAUCCUUGCAACAUGUGCAAACUUCAUAUCUGCAUAGAGAUAGCAGCUACUGAUUAUUUUUUAAAUGCUUAAAUACAAAC